UACUCUUUUUGCAGUAAUCGACUCUAGCCGGCAGACCUCUACUAUCCACUCGAUUCUAGGCCACCCCAGCCCUGGCUAAACGUUAUUUGCAGUCAAAUAGCCUUCACGUCCUGAAACUAGGGAUGGAAUAGACUUUAGUUGCUUAUGAUUGUUCAUAAUGGGUAAAUCUAGGCACGUGACUUUGUGUAGGUACGGGUUCAUUGCUAACGCGUCCUACUUUUUCCAUUUCACCUUUUAACUUCACCAACUUCUUUUGACUUCACCAAAUAACAAUGACCUUGUCCCAGUCGGUGGCUAGACCGCCCAUGAUCAUGAUUGUUGCUGCUCUCGGACCCAAGUUGGGGAUCGGAUACCAGGGCGCGAUGCCCUGGCGUUUGAAACAAGAAAUCAAGUAUUUCAAAAACGUCACUACUAACUCUCCUGCUGAUAAAAUAAAUGCCGUUAUAAUGGGUAGAAAAACAUGGGAAUCCAUACCUGCAAAGUUUAGGCCAUUACCGAACCGCUUAAAUAUCAUUUUAAGUCGAAGUUAUAAUAACACUUUUGAUGAAAAUCAGGGCAUUUUUUAUUACAAUGAUUUAAACCAAUUUAUUAAAGAUUUGAAUACUGGUAAGUAUGAAUUACCAAAACCAAUCCACAGAUUUUUCAUAAUUGGUGGUGCUCAAUUAUAUAAUACAUUAAUUGACCAAGUCAAUGAUUUAUUAAUUACUCAAGUUGAAAAUGAUCAAGAUUGUAAAAUUGAUACUUGGUUAGAUUGGAAUUUGAGUAAUUGGAAUCAACAACCAACUGAAAAAUUAUCUCAUUUUAUUAAUCAAGGUGAUACUAAUAUUCAAGUAAAUAAUGACUUUAUUCAAGAGGGUGAUUUCAAAUACAAAUACGCGUAUUAUACAAGAAAUUAA